GCAUAGCUCUCAGUUUUUUUGCUAAUGUGCGGAAACUGACUGGGAACGGAUGCAAUAAAGCCCUGCAUAAUAUAAAUUGAUGUAUGUUGCAUCAUAUUGACAAUGUUUUAAUUGCAUCUAUCGCGUCGUUAGGAUGAAUUUUACCAAAAAAACACGUUGAAUUCACGCUUGACCUGGCACAGAAAUAAACCGCUGAGUUCAAUUUCUGUUCGUUGAGAGAUCGUCAAAUGUAGUAGUUCAUGUAGUCAUGGCAGAUAUUCAACCAGCACCUUUGAUUGAUAAGCCACUGGACCAGAAGAGCAUGGCCCUGACGGGUGUGGAUCAGACGGGUGAUAAAAUACAGACAUUAGGCACAAAUGGCAACUCUGGGACUAUACCAAAUGCUGAAUUUCAGCAACCUAGGCCGCUCCAGCAUCAGGGAUCUUCAGGUUCUCUUGGGUCCCCAGGUCCUCUAACUUCAGACGAUCUGUCGGAAGAGCUGUUGCAGAUGGGUUGGAGAAAGUACUGGAGUAAACGGGAGAACAUGCCUUACUACUUCAACAAGAUCACGAACGAGUCGCUGUGGGAGACGCCUCAGAUAGUGCAUGACAAUAUGUCAGACCCUCUGGGCAUUGCCUCAGAUCGCCCCAACCCUCUUCUUGGUGACAAACGCCUGUCACGCCCUAGUGUCGAAAUUCCUCAGCCUAACUUGCAGAAACGACGCCACAGUGGUGAUGUCAUCGGCAGCCCUACUGCAAAGAGACCUGCAUUCUCUUACAGCCCAUUCUGGAACUUUGAAGUACCCACUAAUGUAGUGGUUUACGAGCGAGCUCCGAGCAUUUUACCUCCACCCAACCCUGAAAUAGAACAGCUGCGAGCUCAGCUCCUGUUGAAAUUGCGACAACAUUAUCAGGAACUAUGUCAAACCAGAGAAGGUAUUGAUGCGCCAACAGAAUCAUUCAACCGAUGGUUACUGGAGCGAAAAGUUGUGGAUAUGGGAAACGACCCGAUGUUGCCGACUGCGUGUUCAAAUGAGGUGUCCCAGGCUAUGUAUCGGGAAAUCAUGAAUGAUAUACCAGUCAAACUAGUCAAGCCAAAAUAUUCAGGGGACGCGAGAAAGCAAUUGUUACGAUACGCUGAGACUGCAAAGAAAAUGAUUGAAUCAAGGGGUGGCACACCAGAGGGUCGUAAGGUUGUGAAAUGGAAUGUUGAAGACACAUUUACCUGGCUGCGGAAACAAAAUGCCGUCUAUGAAGACUACUUGGAGCGGUUAGGUCACUUGAAGCGCCAAUGUCAGCCCCAUGUGACGGAGGCCGCAAAAACCUCAGUGGAGGGGAUAUGUAUUAAGAUGUACAAUAUGGCGUGUGACACAGCUCGGAAAAUACAUGAGAGGCAUUGGGAAAUACUGAAGGAGUGCAAUAUUAGAGAGAUCCCACAGCCUCCUGAGCCAGUCCACCAGAGAAAGGUGUUUUGUUACCCCGUUCAGAUGGCCGUCCCCGCCCCCAGGCUUCCUCAUGUAGUGGAGAUGACUCAGGAAAAUGAGCAACAUGUGCUCAAAUUCCGUGGAGAAACCAUUAAAAUCAACAGUUCACAUUUCUACAAACUAGAACAACUUUAUAAGAUCUCAUGUCGGGAUGACCCUAGAUUUGACCACUACUUACAAAGAGUCUGGAGUUUGUUACGGCGAUAUCAUACAUUAUUUGGUCAACAUACGAAUGAAGGGCUAAGUCUACAAGGAGCCCUCCCUCUGUCAGUGUUUGAAUGCCUGCAGCGUGUGUUCGGAGUGACGUUUGAAUGCUUUGCUUCACCCCUCAACUGCUACUUCCGACAGUAUUGCUCAGCGUUUCUGGACACUGAUGGGUACUUUGGAUCAAGAGGGCCAAUACUCAACUUCCAUCCAGUGAGCGGAUCAUUUGAAGCAAAUCCUCCAUUCUGUGAAGAGUUGAUGGAAGCCAUGGUUGACCAUUUUGAGGGAUUACUAGAGGAAUCCAAGGAGCCCUUGUCGUUUAUUGUGUUCAUCCCGGAAUGGCGAGACCCGCCCACUGAAGCCCUCAUCCGUCUCGAGUCGUCACGGUUCAAACGGAAACAAAUCAUUCUUCCCCCGUAUGAACACGAAUACAGGCAUGGGUUCCAGCAUAUUUGUCCAAAAGACGACACAAAUUUCAAGGCCAUGCAUGGAACAUUAGUGGUGUUUCUCCAAAAUGAACUUGGCUUUCAAAAAUGGGGCCCAUCAACGGAGAGAGUGAAAGAACUUCUUAUUGCCGCAAAGCCGAAGGAGUCUUUGUAAAAAGGUGCUUUGAAAAUGGUUAUGAUGUGAAUGGUGGUGUUCGAAUGUCCAGUGUUCUUCAAAAAUGGGACCCAACAAUAGAAAAAGUGAAGGAACUUACUGCUGGCAAGCCAAAAGAGAAUUUGUAGAGAUUUGGUUUGCUAAAUUUCAGUGCCCCAGGACCCAUUUUCCUGAAACUUCCUGAUUACAUGAUUGACUUACACUCACUUUUUUUUGGUUUUCUGUAAGUCAAGAAAUAUUUAUUUCUUUAGGCGAAUUAAGAAUUUAAAUAAGAAUUAUCUUCUGAUAAUUGCAAUAAAUUCUUUAUUUAUCAAAAAUCAAAUUUAAGUAUUUUUUUGGCUAAUUGAAAUGAGCUACUUAAGCUUGUGAAGUUUAAGAAGUUUCGAGCAGUUCGGCCAGUCUUACAGUUGUUGAGAAUAAAGUGUUAUUAUGUAAAAAGCAUAUUUGUCAAGAACUAGUUCCAAAAUUUUUAUUUUUUCACAUCACUUAAUUUAUGAGUGAGCAGAAUAGUAGGAAUUGGAUGUAUGAUAUUUGAGGGAAUUCUAAAGAGUUAAGGUUCAAAUGUUAAAGAAAGAUCAUAAACAAAGUGUUGUAUACCAGUCUGCAAAAGACCCUUAAUGGCUAUAAAAUCUCCUCUUGGUCUACAGAUAUUGAAGAUAACAGGCCUGUAUUCCUUGUAUUUUAAGGCACAAAAACUUAAAGGCUCUUAAAGGCUUUUAGAUUUUCAUUGGACUUCCGAAUUUGGAUUAUUUGAUUAUCGCCUGUGCUUCAAAAUCAUUUUGCGUAGACUGGUACACAUACAUUUUUAUUGAAGAAAUGACCAACCAUUUAGUGAAUACUUGUGUUAAAAUUAAUGGUGAAUAAUGCUAUUGUUUUCCUUACUUUUGUAAAUAAAACAUUUUUUUUAAUUAUUUUUCUAUUGCAUUUUAUUUUUCUAUUGCAUUGUUCAUUAUAGUUUAAAUCUAAUGUAUUUAAACUUCUCAUAAAUGUAAUUUGGGCACACAAUUAUUGCCUUGUUGACUGGGAAAACUUGGGUAAAUUAAAAGAAAGUUGUUUUUAGUUUUUUUUAUUUCUUUUAGUUCUUAAUCAGAAGGAUUGAUAUUACCGUACGUGCAUGAAAUUAUCACGUUUUAUUUUCAGACUUGAUCAUAUUUUAGGCUAAAGAGAUUUUGGAAGAAAUGAUCUCAUGUAAUAGUAAAUGAAUGUCCACAUACAUGUUAAGUAUAUACAAAUUUGUUACUUGAUUAUUUUUAAUGCAUGGAUUGUUUAAAUUGUAAAAAGAAAUAAUUUGAUUUUAAAUUGUUAAUGCGAUGGUAAUGUGUACGUAGUAUGUGCGUCGGUGUGGUCGUGCGUUCGUGCGUCUGUAAACAAUUGGUUCUGAACACGAUACAGUCUUCAGUUUUGAUUGUAUCUCGAUGAAACUUGUACAGUAUCUAGAUAUCCAUUAGAGCUCGGUUCCUUUCGAAAACCAGCCAGAUCCGCCCAUAAAUGCCUAGAUUAUGGGCCAUGAAAGUUUUAAAGAAAUGCUUUCUAUUUUUAGCCAGAUCUGCAUGAGCGAAUUCUAUUUUUAGCCAAGUUUACAUGUAGAUGUAAAUUCAAGUCUAGAGUUAAGGGAGACAAUUUGCAAGUCUAGGAUUUUGAGAGACAAUUUGCUUUUUGCUUCUGCAGUUGAUUUUGUGAAUUACUCUGCCUUGUUCUUGUUAAAAGCCCAAAGGCCAUUUUUUAGAUUUAAGUUCUGUAGUUUGCGCAUUCAUCUUAACAAAAUUGGUUGUGAAUGUUUAAGUUAUGCACCUGGUGUCAUUACUGGCCAACCCAGGGUUCACAGGUUUGGUAAACAUAAAUCUGGAAAGGUUUGAAAAUCUUUUUGUGUGUUCGUGCAUCCAUCUCAGCACAAUUGAUUGUGAAUGUUUUUCCAAAUUGAUCAAUGUUGUCCUAGGAUGCCCUUGACUUUGACCUUUUGACCAACUUUUUUUACUUUUUAAAACUAUGGAAAUUUUUACUAUGAGUACAGUUUUGAAAGCAUUUUUUUGUCAGAUGACUUUUACUUAGCUCAUAUUAAAAUAGUUCAUGCAACUAAUCUGCUUACAAUACUUUCUGGGCUCAGAUGUUGAACGUGCUACGUUUUCCGGUAACCCAAACACAAAACAAACUAUAUGUCUGUUGCCUUUUACCCAUACAUACAUGCUGUAGAUUGAUAUGACCACAAAAGCCAUGCCAGUAGAGCAUAGGCCUUUUUGGGCCUCUUGUUUGUCUAUACUUUAACUUCAAUAUUGGAACGGUAGUAAGAAGUUAUUAAACAUUACCUAGGACAACAUGAGAACAGUUACUCUGCCCACUGGUCUCCUGAUUUAAAUUAUAAACUUGUUCUGAAGCGCUUGCUUUUGUUUAAUUUCAAAAACUUGGAGUGUGGGUGCAGUUACUAUAACUAUAACCUUGCCGGUAAAAAUAAUUAAAUGGCAAGUUGUUCAAAAUAGAUAAAUCCUAUCUGAAGUAUUACAGUAUGUAAAACACAAAAUAUUAAAAGACAAAAAUAGUGGGUUUAGCUUAAUCCAGUUUUAAGGCACUAAACAAGUUUUGAGAAAGUUGGACCAGAUUAAUAAAGAUUUGAAGGUUAACAUUAUUUAUUAUUAUAUUGUUGAAGUCACAUAUAGAUUAGUAUUUUUGAUAAUGAAUAAUGAUGCAUUUUCCUGUCUCAAAUAACCUUGUUUUGUCCCAUUGCAUUUUGUACAUAAUUGCAAUAUAUUCUGGACUUCAUUUUUUUUUGGCAGCAAAUAUCACUGAUGGUUCACAAAUGUAUUUCAUACAUUAACAUGAUUUUUAUCCCGUAAAAACCCCAGUGAACACAUUUACCAUAUCAUCCAUAAAUCUCAGCCAUUUGAAAUGAACCAUAUCACACACUUCUUUCAUCUAUAAUUGUAAAUAGUAUUUAUUAUCUCAUAACCUCAUUGUAAUUAUCAUUUAUUAGAAUUUUCAGUCAUUAUAAUUAAAUGAAUUUCUGUAAAUAUGAUUUUAUAUCUGUUAAUGAAUCCUUGUUUAUCGUUACAUUUUAGAGAUAUAUAUAUAUAUAUAUAGAGAGAUGAAUAUUUGAGUUGAAUUGUAUAUCAAUUUAUCACAAGAGGCAUGUUAUCAUAUUGAUAUGUAAAUUUUAUGUUGUAUAAAUAUUGUUGCCUUUCUUAAAGGGGUUAGACACCAGAUGAUGCAAUUGCAAGAAAAACAAGAAAAUUGAUAAAAACUUACAGAAAAUUAGUGUUGUUGUUUACAGCUCAUUAAAUCUUACUAACUGAUGUAUUACAUCACUUACGAGUUAUGACACAUGUAUCUUUUGCUGUCUUUGCAUAUUUUUCCAUUUUGAAAUUUACUGAGAGUGUCCCACGUAAAACCCAUUAAAUUUAAAAUAGCUGCAGUGUAUGAUUCUGUAAUAAUCUCGUGACUUUCACAUGUUAAAUAUACUCUGACACUAUAAACUUGUAAAUUAUGCCCUAUUUAUAAAUGGGUAGACUCAGUUCAGACGGUGUCAAAUAUUCCUUUAAUCAUGUAAAAUGAUGAAUUGUCAGCCUUAUACUAGCUCGUAAUGACAAUUCUAGUCUUGUUUUGUGGAAAUACUGUAUUUGCCUAUUUUGGGACCAUCUGGUGUCUAGCCCCUUUAAAUAGUAAAUGUUCUGUAUUUGGUAACAUGUUUUGGGAAAAUUGUAUGGGUUUGCUAGUGUGUCAUAUCUUUGGACAUUUUCGUUAUUCUUCAAUCAAAUUUUAUUUUAUAUGUUUGAUUCACAGGACUAGAAAAUUCAUAAUUUUUCUGUAAUAAUUAUGAUAUAUUUUUGGUCCACAGACUAGGCACAGCCUUGCCUCCACGUAUUGUUAAGAAUCUAAAAAUAAAUUCUGACUUUCUUAGUGUUUAGCACAAAAGUCUUUCGAAUACCUCUAUCCUACCCUAUGUGCAUGCUCAAGCUUCUACAUAACUCACUAUUUAAAAAAAAAUGAUUGACCAAAUGGAAAUUUGGCGGUUGCUUUUGUUAUUAAAUGUAAAUUUGUUGGCUAUAUUUUGUUUAAUGGAUAUUUUGGAUGUCAAAGCUCUUCUUAAUCAUUAAAUGUGAAUCUGUAUGGUAGUGAUAUUCCAAUGAUUGAUUAUAAUCGAAAAUUGAUUGGUUGGGCCUGGAUUCAGAGACAAUCGAUUGUAUUUGGUAAGAAUCGAUAAGAUUCAAGAUGUUUUUCUUCUUUCCUCUUGUUUUUUGCGAUUGAUUAAUUAACGCCAUUUUUCUCCUUUAACUUCAUCUAUGUGCUCAGUUGUUAUCCUAAAGGAUUUGACCGAAAGCAACAACAACACUAAAUAACUUAAUAAUACUCAUUUGAUAAGCAUAGUUUAGGAUUACCAGUUAUUGUAAUGAAUAAAACUACAUUUAAAGUAUUGUCGAAAACCGAUAGUACUAUCCACAAUCAGUUACUUAAGUGAAACGGAUUAUCGAUAUGUGAACUGGAAUCGAUUUUCAACACUUCUGUAUGGUGAUCUCAUUGGGGCUGGAAUGAGCCUGAACACUUAAAGGAGAAAUAAUGUUGUGUUUCCCGUAAAAAUGCUUACAAAGUCUUCAUUGUUAAAGUUUAAAUGAAUCUGUUGUGUACAGGAAUGUUAAAAUCUUAAUUAAUUGUUUUAAAGAUUAAUGAAUUUUAAAUCUUUAAUGAAUUUUAAUUCUGUUAAACAGCUAGAUUUUUAGCAUCUGUUGUUUUUUUUCUUUUCAAUCAUGUUUAAUUUGUUAACACAUUUGUGUACGUUUUUAAAACAUAUUUAAUCGGACCAGAUUUUGAUACUUGUUAAAUUUUUACCAUGAAUGUAAAAAAGGCAGCAUAUUAUUUUUUGUUCAUAUGUUUGUAUUGAAUGAUUAUUUAAUAGUAUUUUCGUAAUAAAUUUGUAUUGAGUUGCAGGCUUAAACUACAAGCAUUCAUGUUUUCUGCUAAAAUAUUUCUGAUAAGGCGACUAUAAAUUAAUUGCUAGAUUUUCAUCCCUACCCGCCCCUUCUUUUUUCUGCCUCCCCGUAAAUUUCAUGGACUCAAAUAAAAAUGUUGAACUGAAGUCUAUAUUUGCAUAUCGGUCCAGUACUGUCUGAAAAUUUAUUUGUUUAUUCAUACCAGACAGUGUCGAUGUAAACAUACUUAACCCGAUGUGCCUUCCGCUGGCAAGGCUAAUUACCGACAUGCAUUAAUUAUGCCAACAUGCUUUAAUCCGUGCAGCGACAAGCCUUAUCAAAACAAUCAAUAGUUUUGACAAUACACAGUUUUGUUGCGAUUGCAACGGUUGCAACGGUUGAC